UUCAUUAGACCACCAAGAAGACAAAAACUGAUCAAUCAUGAAGAUCAAACUUAGCAUAACCCUCAUAUUGUUAUCAUACGCGGCGGCUAUGGUGGCCGGACAACAAUGCGGCCGCCAAGCCGGUGGUCGGACUUGCGCCGGCAACAUCUGCUGCAGCCAGUACGGCUACUGCGGCACCACGGCGGACUACUGUUCACCGGACAACAACUGUCAAAGCAAUUGUUGGGGAGGCGGGCCAAGCGGCUCCGGAGAGAGCGCGUCUAACGUACGCGCCACCUACCAUUACUACAAUCCGGCGCAGAAUAACUGGGAUUUGAAUGCCGUGAGUGCCUACUGCUCCACAUGGGAUGCUAAUAAACCAUACUCGUGGCGGAGUAAGUAUGGCUGGACCGCCUUCUGUGGACCGGUUGGUCCUCGUGGUCAAGCUUCUUGCGGCAAGUGCUUAAGGGUGAGGAACACAAGGACUAAUGCAGCUGUAACUGUGAGAAUAGUCGACCAAUGCAGCAAUGGAGGAUUGGAUUUGGACGUUGCAAUGUUCAAUCAAAUAGAUACCGAUCGCGAUGGCUAUCAAAAAGGCCAUCUCAUUGUUGACUACCAGUUUGUUGACUGUGGCAAUGAACUCAUUGAUCAGCCUGCUGAUUUCAAAAACAUCCUUGUUUCAGCCACUGAUGGCGUUUGAUAUCAUGUAAUUAAUGAUGUUCGAGAUCAAGAUCUAUCAAAACAUAAUAUAAUAAAAGACCUCUAUGUCGAGUGAUAUGUUUGUGUUGUUCUUGGCAGUUCUUAAAAUUAUCAAUAAAGAGAUGCUCUUGUAUUUUCGAA